AUGUCAGGUCUCGAGGAUAUCAAGAACGAGACUGUUGAUUUGGAAAAAAUUCCGAUUGAGGAAGUUUUCCAGCAGCUAAAAUGUACAAGGGAAGGAUUGACGACGCAGGAAGGGGAGGACAGGAUUCAGAUAUUUGGCCUCAACAAGCUCGAAGAGAAGAAGGAGAGCAAAGUUCUGAAGUUUCUGGGGUUCAUGUGGAAUCCGCUUUCAUGGGUUAUGGAAGCUGCGGCUAUCAUGGCCAUUGCUUUGGCCAAUGGUGAUGGUAGACCUCCGGAUUGGCAAGAUUUUGUGGGUAUCAUCUGUCUGCUUGUUAUCAACUCCACAAUCAGUUUCAUUGAAGAAAACAAUGCCGGAAACGCUGCAGCUGCUCUCAUGGCUGGUCUUGCCCCUAAAACCAAGGUGCUUAGGGAUGGAAAAUGGAGUGAACAAGAAGCUGCUAUUCUUGUCCCAGGUGAUAUUGUUAGCAUUAAACUUGGAGACAUUAUCCCAGCCGAUGCCCGUCUUCUUGAAGGUGAUCCUUUAAAGGUUGAUCAAUCUGCUCUGACUGGCGAGUCUCUUCCUGUGACCAAGCACCCGGGUCAAGAAGUUUUCUCUGGUUCAACUUGUAAACAAGGAGAAAUCGAAGCGGUUGUUAUAGCCACAGGAGUUCACACCUUCUUUGGUAAAGCUGCUCACCUUGUGGACAGCACUAACCAAGUUGGGCACUUCCAGAAAGUUCUUACAUCCAUUGGAAACUUCUGUAUCUGUUCAAUUGCUAUUGGUAUUGUGAUUGAAAUAAUCGUCAUGUACCCUAUUCAAAGAAGAAAAUACAGAGACGGAAUUGACAAUCUCUUGGUCCUCUUGAUCGGUGGUAUCCCCAUUGCUAUGCCAACGGUCUUGUCCGUGACUAUGGCUAUCGGCUCUCACAGGCUGUCUCAGCAAGGUGCCAUCACCAAACGUAUGACUGCCAUUGAAGAAAUGGCAGGAAUGGAUGUUCUGUGCAGUGACAAAACCGGGACACUAACCCUCAAUAAAUUGAGUGUGGAUAAGAACUUGGUUGAGGUUUUCUGCAAGGGCGUUGAGAAAGAUCAAGUCCUAUUAUUUGCAGCUAUGGCGUCAAGGGUUGAGAACCAGGAUGCUAUUGACGCAGCUAUGGUUGGAAUGCUUGCUGAUCCAAAGGAGGCCCGAGCUGGAAUCAGGGAAGUUCACUUCCUUCCAUUCAACCCUGUGGACAAGAGAACUGCUUUGACUUACAUCGACGCGGAUGGUAACUGGCACAGAGUCAGCAAAGGUGCUCCAGAGCAGAUCCUGGACCUUGCCAAUGCCAGGCCUGACCUUAGGAAGAAGGUACUUUCUUGUAUUGACAAGUACGCUGAACGCGGUCUUAGGUCAUUGGCAGUUGCUCGUCAGGUGGUCCCCGAGAAAACAAAAGAAAGCGCAGGUGGACCAUGGGAAUUUGUUGGCUUAUUGCCUCUUUUUGACCCUCCAAGACACGACAGUGCUGAAACCAUUCGUAGAGCUUUGAAUCUUGGUGUUAAUGUUAAGAUGAUCACCGGUGAUCAACUUGCUAUCGGUAAGGAAACCGGUCGCAGACUUGGAAUGGGAACCAACAUGUAUCCAUCUGCGGCUCUUCUCGGCACUGACAAGGAUUCGAACAUUGCAUCCAUUCCUGUUGAGGAGUUGAUUGAGAAGGCUGAUGGGUUUGCUGGAGUCUUUCCAGAGCACAAAUAUGAAAUUGUGAAAAAGCUGCAAGAAAGAAAGCACAUUGUUGGAAUGACUGGUGAUGGUGUCAACGAUGCUCCUGCUUUGAAGAAAGCUGACAUUGGUAUUGCUGUGGCCGAUGCUACAGAUGCUGCUCGUGGUGCUUCAGAUAUCGUUCUCACCGAACCUGGAUUGAGUGUUAUCAUCAGUGCAGUGCUCACUAGCAGAGCUAUCUUCCAGAGAAUGAAGAACUAUACCAUUUAUGCAGUCUCAAUCACAAUCCGUAUUGUGUUUGGUUUCAUGCUUAUUGCUCUGAUAUGGGAAUUUGACUUCUCAGCGUUCAUGGUUCUGAUUAUUGCCAUCCUUAAUGACGGUACUAUCAUGACAAUCUCAAAGGACAGAGUGAAGCCAUCUCCCACACCUGAUAGCUGGAAGCUCAAAGAAAUUUUCGCCACCGGAAUUGUUCUGGGAGGCUACCAAGCCAUUAUGAGUGUUAUUUUCUUCUGGGCUAUUCACAAGACCGACUUUUUCACGGACAAGUUUGGUGUGAGGUCAAUCAGGGACAAUAACGAUGAGCUAAUGGGUGCUGUUUAUCUACAAGUUAGUAUCAUCAGUCAAGCGCUUAUCUUCGUCACGAGGUCAAGGAGUUGGUCGUUCGUUGAACGUCCUGGUGCGCUUCUGAUGAUUGCAUUCGUCAUUGCACAACUGGUUGCAACUUUGAUUGCAGUAUAUGCAGACUGGACAUUUGCGAAGGUGAAGGGUAUCGGUUGGGGAUGGGCUGGUGUGAUAUGGAUUUACAGUAUUGUGACAUACUUCCCGCAAGACCUUUUGAAGUUUGCCAUUCGAUACAUCUUGAGUGGAAAGGCUUGGGUCAGCUUGUUUGAUAACAGGACCGCUUUCACGACCAAGAAAGAUUACGGUAUUGGAGAAAGAGAAGCUCAAUGGGCGCAAGCUCAGAGGACACUGCACGGUCUGCAGCCGAAAGAAGACGUUAACAUCUUCCCAGAGAAAGGAAGUUACAGAGAGCUGUCCGAGAUCGCCGAGCAAGCCAAGAGAAGGGCCGAGAUAGCUAGGCUUAGGGAGCUUCACACGCUGAAGGGACAUGUGGAAUCAGUCGCAAAGCUAAAGGGCUUGGACAUUGAUACAGCAGGACAUCACUACACUGUGUAA